AUGAAGGACCGCUUUAACCAGCAGUCAUCGAUUGUCCUCCCUCAAGCCCAAUUUGACUGGCUUCACCUGAGGUUUCAGGACUAUAAGUCAGUUAUUGACUACAACUCGACCCUUCAUAAGAUAGUCUCGCAACUAAAGCUCUGCAAACAAGAAGUUUCAGAGACAGACUUAAUUGAAAAGACUCUGUCUACCUUUCAUGCGAGUAACCUUGUACUCCAGCAGCAGUACAGGGCAAAGAAUUAUGAAAAGCAUUCUGAUUUGAUAUCUGCACUUCUUGUGGCCGAGAAGCACAACCAAUUGUUGAUGAAAAACCAUAAUGCACGACCUGCUGGGUCUGCCCCCGCGCCUGAAGCACAUCAUAUUACCCAGGGAAGCAAUUCUAGAAGGGGUCGAGGAAAGGGUCGUGGUAGAGGUCACAGUCGAAACAAUCGAAGUGGUAAAGGCAAAGGCAACAAUGACUCCCGGGCCCAAGAUAAGAAACAAAGUGAUCAAGGUUCAUCAAGGUCACAAACAUGUUAUCGGUGUGGAUGUACGGGACACUGGUCUCGUACAUGUCGUACACCAAAGCAUCUGGUUGAAGCUUACAAAAUGACGCAAAAGAAAAAUGAUAAGCAACCGUCAAGAAAGGAAUCUCAUCACACCAACACUGAUUUGCCUGAAGCAAAUGCAGUGAUGAAUGAUGAUGAUGAUCUUUUAAAAUAUGAGCUUGAAGACUUUGGUGAUCAAGAAUGA